CCUGCCCGGACCCUACGAUGGAACCAUGUUAUAGAAGGCCAACUAACCAAUGGUCGGCGGCCGGGCUGCGGAGGUGGUCGGGAUCGCAGCGCCAGAGCUCGAGGAUCCCGGGGCCGCUGGCGCUUGCUGCUGCCCGCCUCUUCCGGCUCCUCCCUGUUGUACGUGGGGCGCGCAAGGCUGGGCGUUCGGAGCCAUCGCGGUGACGACCAUGUUGCAGCCGAACAUCCUACUCACCGGUACACCAGGGGUUGGAAAAACUACACUAGGCAAAGAACUUGCAUCAAGAUCAGGACUGAAAUACAUUAAUGUGGGUGAUUUAGCUAAAGAAGGGCAACUAUAUGAUGGCUAUGAUGAAGAGUAUGACUGUCCCAUUUUAGAUGAAGAUAGAGUAGUUGAUGAGUUAGAAAACCAGAUGAAAGAAGGUGGAGUUAUUGUUGAUUACCAUGGUUGUGAUUUCUUCCCUGAACGCUGGUUUCAUAUAGUUUUUGUGCUGAGAACAGAUAAUAGUGUAUUGUACAAAAGACUUGAAACAAGGGGUUAUAGUGAGAAGAAACUACAAGAUAAUAUUCAGUGUGAAAUUUUUCAAGUUCUUUAUGAAGAAGCCAUGGCAUCUUACAGAGAAGAAAUAGUGCAUCAGUUGCCAAGUAAUAAUCCAGAAGAGCUAGAGAAUAAUAUAAAUCAGAUAUUGAAAUGGAUUGAACAAUGGAUCAAAGAUAAUAACUCUUGACUUAGAAGACAGGCCACAUGUCAAUCACUAUUGUUGAUAUUUCUCUGCCCACAUCAUAGAAAUUGUCCAAGUAUCAGUAAAACCUCUGUAUUAAAAUUGUGUUGCAAGAAUCACAGGUAGAUAGUAUAAAGGUUUAUUCCUGGGCUUUUUUUCCUCCAUGAGAAAGCUAAACAAUCUCAUAUAUAAUGACUACAACACUGUUAAGGAUUGCAAGUAAAGACUAUCAUCAUUUAAUGCUUAAACUGCUAAAGAAUAAAUAAAUCUGACAAAAUAGGUGAAUACUUAAGUUUAUUACAGAGAAAAAUGAAGAUGAUCGCUUAAAAUAAAACUUAAGACUAAAGAUAAAACAUCAGAAUAUUCCUUAUUCUUUUUUCCUUUGAAAUAGUAUUUGGAGCUGGUAAUACAGGUACUUUGUGCUCAAUUCAAAAAGUACAAAAAAAUUGUAUACUAUGAAGUAGGUUUCCCUUUUGUAGGCCACUUCUAUUCCCUAGGUGCCCAGGUCCCCCCUAGGAAAUAAUGGUACUGGUUUUCUAUAUGUCUUUUCAGAGAUGUGUAUGUGUGUACUUUUUUUAAAAAGCAUUUUGUAGCAUAUCAGAAAGGUUUUGUACCUUUGUUUUUUCAUUUAAGGUAUUUUGGAAAUUAUGCCAUCACAGAACAUACAGAGUUCCCUAUUCAUUUUGUUUUGUUAAUUGAGAUAUAAUUUACAUACCAUAAAAUUCACCACUUCAAAGUGUACAGUCCGCUAGUUUUUAUUAUAUUCACAAGGUUGUACAACUACAUCAGCACAUUUUAAUCACUCCCAAAAGGAAUCCCAUGCCCAUUAGCAGUCCUCAUUUUCCUAUUUCAAUUAGAAUAAUGUUUUCAAGGUUCAUCCACAUUGUAUCAUGUGGCAGUAUUUUAUUCCUGUUUAUACCUGAAUAAUCCACUGUAUGGAUAAUAGAUUUUGUUUAUUCAUUCAUCAGUUGCACAAUUGAGGUGUUUCUACCUUGGCUAUUAUGAAUAAUGCUAUGAACAUUCAUGGGCAAGUUGUGUGGAUAGAUGUGUCCAAUUCUCUUGGAUAUAUAACUUGGAGCAGAAUUUCUGGAUCAUAUGGUAGCUCUAUGUUUAACUUGUUGAGGAAACACAAAACUGUUUUCCAAAGUGGUUUCACCAUUUUAUAAUACCAGCAUCAGCAGCAUGAGUGUUCCAAUUUCCCAGUGUUUUUGUCAGCGCUUGUUAUUGUCCAUCAUUUUAUUAGAGCCAUUCUAGGAAGUGGGGAGCCAUAUCUCAUUUUGGUUUUUCAUUUGCAUUUCCCUAAUGACUAAUGAUGUUGAGUAUCUUUUCAUGUUCUUAUUGGUUAUUUGUAUAUCUUCUUUAGACACCUAAUGUCUUUAAUAUUUGCAAAGAAUUUCAAUAAGGAUGACUGAUUUAAUCAUACCCUUGUUGAGAGACUGCUAGGUGGUUUCCAGCUUUUCACUAUUACACUCAGUAAUGCAAGAAUGAUAAGAGUAACACAUAUAUUUCUAUGUACCAGGCUCUCUUCUAAACACCUUUUUUUAAAUUCAUUUUAUUGAGAUAUAUUCACAUACCAUGCAGUCAUACAAAACAAAGCGUACAUUUGAUUGUUCACAGUACGAUUACAUAGUUGUGCAUUCAUCACCAAAAUCAAUC